GGCAGCAGGCUCAAAGUGAAACGAAAAUGUUUUUGCCACUGAUUUGUAGUUUAUGGCUUUUUGCUACCUCCUCUUCGGGUAUUGAGUACUCAAACAAUUUAUUAUGUAAAGAUGAAAAUUACGAAGUCCAUUGGAGGUUCGAAAACAAUACAGAAACCUUCUAUUUUAAAGUAAGGGCAAAAGCUACUGGCUGGAUUGGAUUUGGCGUAUCGAGAUUACUAUGGCCUGAAAACGAAACAUUACGGUGGAAUAUGUAUUCCAUGAGACAUUACGAUGUUCUUGUUGGCGGUGUUGACGAUAGUGGAAAAAAGUAUUUUAAGGAUUUUAUGACAAAUGGACAUGUGGCUCCAAAAGAAGAUGAUCACGCAGACUGGAAUGUCUCAAAUAUAAUUGAGAGUAAUGGUACUACAACGAUGGAAUUCUCUCGGAAGAAAGAUACUGGUGAUGCUAAUGGUGACAAUGUCAUUGAGCCUGGUCUGAGAAGGAUGGUGUGUGCUUACCAUGAUACUGUUGAUUAUAACAUAUCUAUGAGCAAGUUUACAAAACACACAUGGAAUGGCUAUGAAGAUAUUGAAUUUAUUGAGAAACCAAAGGAAAAAGCUGUGCUUGCCUAUCGUGAAACCGAACCACCAACCACUGGGGCCAGUACACUAGCUGUGUCUAUUGUGGGCCACUUGUUACUUAUUGUUAUUGCAGUCAUUUUCUUCUACUAGAUCAUGAAUCGUCUCCUUCUUUUGCUUCUUGCCUAUGUUGUUGUAGCAUCAGGCAUUAAAGAAGAAAGAUCUCGGGAUCUAUGUUUAUCUGAUGCCCUUAAAGAUUGGAAUGAUAGAGAGAAAGAGAAACCUUUCACUGGUGCACAUAAUCAAUUUUAAAUUACAAUCAUGUACAAAUAAUCUACUAAGAUUAAAAAUUCCUGAUUUUGCUAACAUGUUAAUAUAUCUUAAACCUCUUUAGACAAUUUUGGAAUUGAGGUAGGUCAACUUCUGAAAGACAUGUUGACUAUUAACAUGUAGCGCACAUGGUGGUAUAAAGCCAUAACUGCCUUUGACACCACAAGUCUGGUGCAUUUGUGAACAUUGAGGGGUGAUUAUUUAAACUGAAUUUAGCCAUCAUCUAAUGUAACUGCAUUCUAAACCAUUUUUUCAAUUUAGCCAAACCUUUUAUCAGAACAUCUAGUUUAGUGAAUAGUGUCAAGAGGGCCAAAAGCUAAGGAGAACAUUUAUUUCAUUAUUAAAUAAUAAUUAAACCACAGUUUGAGUUUGAUCUCGAGUAAAUAAUUGGCCUUUAGUUUGAGUUUAGAUGAAAAAAUAUACUUUAUAGUGUAUUUUGAAGGUAGAUAUCUUAUGCUAUAAACCACAUAUUUAUUUGGGACACAUGUUGUCCUAUAGUUAGCAGCUGCUGUGUCCCAGGUUAUCAAAGAAAAUUAUUCUUUUAUGCCAGAGUACCUUUACAGCUCCAAAUUGCUGUGAUAGACUUCCAACAGCAGGGAAAACAGGUUUGAACCCUAGUUCAGAGAUAGGUAAUUGACCAAAGUGCUAAGCAAGAUUCAAAGUGGCAAAGUUCGUUGACAAAUUCAAAAGAGAGCAUCCUGCCUAGUCUUUUUAAUUUUUUUAUAUACUUUUUUAAGAGUUAGUUACUUGCCUGGUUGUUAGCUCACAUAAUCAAUAGGAGGUUGAGAUGUGUAGCCUGAGAAUUUGGUCCAAUAAAAUGCAGUAAGUUUUCUCCCUCUAGUAGGUUUUAUCUGUUGGUGGGUGGGAGGGGCCCUUAAAUAAGCAAAAUGGAAAAUAAUUUGCAUAAAUUCUGGUAAACUGCCAUGUUUUCAGGGGCAAUGUUCAAAAGCUUAAUGCUUGAAUGUUUAAGCGCAAUAUAUCUGACUCUAAACAUGGUCAUAGUUUGUCCAAAACACAGGUAAAUGGGCCUAAAAAAAGAGAGCAACAGUAUAUUGUCUGAUUUUGCCAUAUAAGAGCUUUCCCACAGAGAACUUUUUGACAAAUUACUGUAUAAAAAUUAACAAGACUCCACAAAAAUUAUCAUGUCUAAUUUAUUUGACCACUAUAUACUUAAAUGAUUGACUGAAAAAAGUUAAGUGAAUUGUCCCUAAUGCUUAUCACAACAAGAACUCAAAACAACAACAAUCUAAAAAGAUAAAAUAACAUCAACAGCUAAUUUGGGCUGAACAGCGACUGAACUUGAAGCAAGAGCUAACAACCACAAUAUUAAUGAGAAUACUUUUUGUAAAGCAACCCAGUCCUUAAUUAACUUGAGUAUAGUCGUCUUCCAGGACUGCCACUAGGGCGUGGUGAUAGUGAGCGGCCACGUUGAGCCAAUGGAGAGCGCGAGUGGCGUCCUCUGGUGGCAGGUGAGUGUGACCUCCUUGGCGAACGUGACCUAGACCUACUGUUGAGAAACAAACACCUUGCUCAGUAUAGCCUAUAGUUCUGGGCCCAGUUGUUCAAAGGCCGAUUAGCUCUAACCCAGGGUUAAAUUUUAAUCCAGCUUUCUUUAUUUCUUUGUUCAAAAGUCUCUUUGAGAAAAUUUUCACUAUUCUUUUAGAACAUCCAAUGAUCAAAUUGCAAGCAAAAAGAUUUGAACUGAAUUUUCUCUUAAAAUUUUCAGACCUGAAAUCAAAUUUCACACUAACCCUGGGUUACCUUAACCCAGCUUUGAACAACCGGGGCCUGAAGUUAAAGUGGGGGAGUAAUGGACUUAAUUUUCUAAAAGAAAGGACACAGUUUGAGUAACCAUUUUGAUAACAAUGUGUUAGAACAACAUGGUUGAGCAUGUUUGUGAGAAAAGUUUAGCACUAUGAAGCAAAAUUGAGAUAGCCAACCUUGUUCGGCGCCGUGGUGAGAGUGAGCGGGAUCUUCGUGGUCGGUUUCUCUAUGGUAAACAAAUAAUGGUAAAUUACAAAAUCAAGUUGCUCUCAAAGGUUGUUUAUGCUCAUCCAAAGAGUUGGACAGCCCCAGGACUAAGCCUUUAAUACAGAUUUUCCAUAAUUCAAUACUAUGACGACAAGGCAACAACAAAAAUAAGAAAAAUUUCAAGGAUUAACCUUCAAAGGUCUCACAUGUAGCAAUUCAUGUCUCCAUAUCAAGAGCAUAGAACCUCAAAGCAAGCAAAUUCCCCAAUAUAGUUUAUAAAUAAGCAGGAGUUUAUUUACUAACCAAUCAUGCUCAGAAGCCUAAAUGCACUUUUCCUAAUUAAGGAAUCAGAGCUACAGGCAUUUUGCUUCAAUAACACUAAUGGCUGCUUUCUAACAAGCUGUGAAGAGAAGACCUUUUAGGAAACCCACAUAAACCAACCAUAGAGAAGGGGAACGUGCACACUUCCAAAAUCUCAGCAUGGCUAGUUGCGUCACAUUUCACAUGACAUGAUCAAUUCAAUGGCAGCAAAUCUCUACACCAAAAUUGUAAAUCACUUCAUAAUUACCAAAAUCUGUACCACAGGUUAGCUAGAUGAUAAAACUUCAAGUCAAGUAAGUACUUGCUAAAGAUCUUGCCACAGCUCUAGUCUGAAGUUCCAUCAUUCAAAUGUUUAAGGUAUUAUUCAAAAGUUAAGUAGCAUAACUAAUAUUUAAGACUUGAACAUGAAUAGCUUUCAGGAUUACUAACAUACCUCUGUCAGCCUUAUGCGCUUUCCCAGCAACUCAGUACCAUCUAAACGUUUCAGUGCCCUUUGCAUGUCAUUAAGGCUGGCAAAUUCAACAACCCUGAAAUAUAUCAAACAAGUAAUUAUGUCAAUAUAUGCCACUAAUAAACCAUUUUACAAUAUCAUGCAAUGGGAUGCAUUAAAUAUGCAACAACAUUACACUGAAGAGCAGGGCAAAAAUGCUACAAAAUGACCACACAGUCACUGAACUUUGAUUGGUUUUAGUCUUUUAGGGUUGACUUUUUAAGAAAGGAACUUCAAUGCACAUCAUAUUUUUUUUUGUUGGGCAUAAAGAAGACUUUAAGGGUCUCUUAUGUUAUCAUCUUUAGCCAGUGCCACCAAUAAUGCUUAGAUAAGGUCAAAGGAUUUAAUGCAAAACUAGAAGCUAAAGUACAAGAAAAUAAAAGAAUAGUGGUAUAAUAUAUCCCUUAUUCCAUGGUUUAACACACAAUAUG